AUGGCAAGGUUGGUGGUGGUGCAGCAGCAGCAGCAGAGACAACCUUCUCUCUCUCCUCUCCCUUCUUCUCUCUCUGACUUGAAUGGCACCAGACUCCACACUCAACUCCAGUACAGGAGAAAUGUAUCACGGCCAAAAGAAACAUUAUAUGUUACAGCAUCCAAUGCAAAGAAGAGUCUUACAGCGGGUGGCAUCCAAUCCAUUGGCGUGUUCUUGUCAAGACUUUUCAUCAAAGAUGGUCUUCAGCUGAGUUUGCUUAGCAGACCAAGAACACCCAUCACAGAGCAAUUGUCAGGUGAAUCAAAUAAGGAUUGUGCUGGUUUUUCUUCAAAGACUGAAGAUUUUGCAGUUCCUAGGAGGAAUGCAAUGGCCUUAAUCUUGUCAUCUUACAUCUUCUCUGGAGUCAGUUUUCAGAGUGUUGCAUUUGCUCAACAAUCUGUUAUUGGGUUAAGGGAAUACAUAGAUAGUUUUGAUGGGUAUUCAUUCAAGUACCCUUCGAACUGGAUCCAAGUCCGAGGUGCUGGAGCAGACAUAUUCUUUAGAGACCCUUAUGUUCUUGAUGAAAAUAUCUCUGUGGAGUUUUCCUCUCCUUCAUCCUCCAACUACAAGAGCGUGGAAGAUCUUGGUCCGCCUCAAGAAGCCGGAAAGAAAGUACUUAAGCAGUACCUGACAGAGUUCAUGUCUACAAGACUUGGCGUGAGGCGCGAAUCAAAAAUUCUUUCCACGUCUUCAAGAAUUGCUGAUGAUGGGAAGCUUUAUUAUCAAGUCGAGGUAAACAUAAAAUCAUAUGCAAACAACAACGAGCUGGCUGUUAUGCCGAAAGACCGAUUAGUUCGCAUGGAAUGGGACAGACGGUACCUUUCUGUCCUAGGAGUUGAAAACAAUCAGUUAUACGAGUUGAGAUUGCAGACACCAGAAAAUGUGUUUGUGGAAGAAGAAAGUGAUCUUCGCCGGGUUAUGGAGUCCUUCAGAGUGAACAAGAUUGCUGCUUAG